CCGCUUCCGCCCUGCCCGUGCCCCGGGGUCUCCCGUCCUGCUUACACCCGGGGGGCAGCGCCCAGGCCGCGGACAGUACGGCGAGCAGCAGGCCCCAGGCCUCCAUUACAGCCAGCCCGGGCUGCGGCUACUCAAUUGAAGCUACAGCGAAACAUUUGUGAAAAUAUAUUCUACGAUCAUUGUAUCAUCUCCUAGUUCCUGUAGAGACAUCAGCAGAGAUGGACAGUGGGAAGUUUCCGGAGUCAUUUGCAUGGGGAGCAGCAACGGCAGCCUAUCAGAUUGAAGGAGGAUGGGAUGCAGAUGGUAAAGGCCUCAGUAUCUGGGAUACAUUUACCCAUCAGGGAGGAGAUCGAGUUUUUAAGAACCAGACUGGAGAUGUAGCUUGUGGCAGCUACACUCUGUGGGAGGAAGAUUUGAAAUGCAUCAAACAGCUUGGAUUGACUCAUUACCGCUUGUCUCUUUCCUGGUCACGUCUGUUACCUGAUGGGACGACAGGUUUUAUCAACCAGAAAGGAGUCAAUUAUUAUAACAAGUUGAUUGACAGCCUCUUGGAGAUGAAUGUCACUCCGCUGGUAACGCUGUAUCACUUUGAUACUCCUCAAGCAGUAGAAGAUCAAGGGGGAUGGUACUCCGAAAAAACAGUGGAAACUUUUGAACAAUAUGCAAAGUUUUGCUACUCUACAUUUGGCGACAGAGUUAAACUUUGGAUUACCAUUAAUGAGCCAGGUAUUGUUUCCAGACUGAGCUAUGAAGAAGGCCUACUUGCACCAGGUAAAAAGGAUGUAGGCUUUGGUGCUUAUCUCUCUGCCCACAACAUGUUGAAAGCCCAUGCCAAAGCUUGGCAUGCAUACAACACCUUUUUCAGAGACAAGCAAAAAGGGCUCGUUUCCAUAGCUUUAAAUUCUGAUUGGGCGGAACCUUUGGAUCCCAACUCUUUAGCUGAUAAAGAAGCCUGUGAGCGGUACAUAACCUUUAACCUCCAUUGGUAUGCAAAACCAAUCUUCAUUGAUGGUGAUUACCCUACAUUGAUGAAGACAGAGAUUUCAAGAAAAAGCCAAGAAGAAGGAUUGACAACAUCCAGACUGCCGGAGUUCACAAAUGAAGAAAAAAGCAUGAUAAAAGGCACGGCAGAUUUCUUCUGUCUAAACUAUUAUACCACCAGAAAAGUCAGAGCUCUAGUAACAACACUUUCUAAGCCAAGUUUUAACUCUGAUAUGGGAGCAGAAGGCAUAAAAGAUCCAAAAUGGCCAGAAUCUGGAGUAGAAUGGUUGGUUGUCGUUCCAUGGGGCAUACGUAAGCUCAUGGCACAUAUAAAGCACACGUUUGGUACCCCUGAUAUUUACAUCACUGAAAAUGGAUUUGCGCAGAGUGAUCCUCCAAUACUGAAGGACAUACACCGCUGGGGAUAUUUUAAAGAAACACUAACUGAAGUUUUGAAGGCCAUCAGACUGGAUGGGGUGAAUGUCAAAGGUUACUUUGCUUGGUCCCUGCUUGACAACUUUGAGUGGAUGUAUGGCUACAGUGUCCGGUUCGGAUUGUUCCAUGUGGAUUAUGACCAGACGAAUCUUCCAAGAACUCCGUACUAUUCUGCUACUGAGUUUGCCAAAGUGGUAAAAGGAAAUGAGUUGAUUUAGAAUUAGCAAGCAUGCCAACUAUCUCAAACUGCUAAUUUGUUUUAAUUCACAGCUCAACACAGAUGAUGAUGAUGUAAAAAUACAUCUGUAAUAAGAAAUACUGUAAAUGGUACAGCACUGUAAAAUGAAGACUCUAUUCCUUCUUGCAAACUUGAAAUGAUUCUAUUUUCAGAGAAAUAUUUUCAUAGAAUGUUUUCCCACUAUGUUCAGGAUGGAAUGUGACAUGAAAAAUAAAACACUCUGAUCUUGA